GUACACACUCACACAGAGGGAAGAUGGAGGACGGAGAGGCAGCGGUGGGGCGGACCUGCAGCUUCUUCUCCUCUGAAUGAAGGUGAGUUCUGGUCUGGUCUGGCUCGGUUCAGGUCCGGGUCUCUGUCAGUUGCCCUCCUCAGUUGUUAGCUGAUUCGUGGAGGGAGGGGAGGGGGGUGUCUAGAGAUGCAGGUCUGUAAAUAACUGAGGUUCGGUACUGGUCCCGCCGCUCGGAUGUUGUGAUUCCUUAAAAAAGAACAUCAUCCUGCAAGGAGCGCAAACAGUACCAGCAGAACCAGGACUCAGACCCGGACCUGCAGCGCUGUGUGCGGGGCUUUGUGCCGGUAUAAGGGGAGGGGGAUGGAGGGGGGUCUGGAUGGAGCACAGAGGCCCUGUUGUCGGCAGGUGCAGAGCCGCAGUCCGGUCUGGACUCUGGUCUCUGCGGAUCUUUCCGGUCUCUGGGUUCUGUUGGUGCCGGAUCAGGACUGCAGCGCGGCCUCAUUUGGUCACGUGACGCUCGAGUUAAACGCAAAAACAUGUUUUAUAGAGCAGACUGUGUGCGCGCGUGUGUCGUGUGUUUGUGUGUCCGUGUGUGUGUGUGUAAACUGCAGAGAGGGUUGAUUGCGAUUCUGUAAACAUGAUGGUAAAAGUUUAAUUUAAUAAUGAGCAGAUCAUGUUAAUAGAAACACUAUUUUCAAAUGAUAAUCUGUGUGUGCGCAGAUGUGUGUGCGUGCGUAUGUGUGUGUGUGUUGAGGGGGGUCUCAGUAUGGUAUCCUGUUGGCUGCAGCAUGACCAUAUUUGGAAGAGGGGGACUAACGUCAACAUUUGCACAUUCACACCUGGGCUGGGCUUCAAAGUGUGAUUCAUGGUUAUCGAGGUAACUUGAGGGUCUGACACAGUUUUUAUAGCUUUAAAGGGGGUUCAGGUCUUACCUGGGCACAUCACCAUGGUAACUACAGUUUAACACCACCUGCUCCAUGGAUGAGAGCAGUCAAACAUCACUACCCCUUUGCAAAAUUAACCACUCCCCCUUUUGAUUCAAAGCGGUCAAUCUAAAUAAAUAGAGCUAAAAGACACUUCCAGGGUCUUUGAAAAUUUACCAAAGAUAGUAAACUGUAUCACUUAAUGGCCCAAAUCUAGUGGCCAAUAAGGCAAACAUAUGAACCAUGACAUUUUAUUUAGUGAUUGGUGAUGAAACAUUAGAAAAAAGUUGAAACUUAAAAGGUUUUUGAAAGUGUUACAUCAUCAAACGGGGAAUUGACCCCAUCCAGUAACCAGAUUUGACUGAUAUAAUUACAUCCAUCAAAGUAUUUGAACAGUUUACUUGAGUCAUGUCAUAAUGUUCUUAAGGGGUGGGGGCUGGGGGGUUUAUCAUGCUUUUUCCACUUUUACAACAAAAGCUGCAAAGUUACAAAGUUUGGUGUCCAUACUGUAUGUAUGCAAAAUCUCAAAACACAAGGUAAAUUGUAUUUUGUCAUAAUCUCAGAAAAUAGAUGUAAACUGCUCAAAUCUCAGACAAAUGUACAAAAAUACUGUACAGACUAGACUGUAGACUGUAGUUUAUGUGCCAGAUUGACCAAAUUAUUACGUAAGAAUUAUAGGCUCUCCUUACUGGUUUAUCUGUGCUUCCGGCAAAGCGGAACAGCUUGCCUCAUCCAGCAUGUGAGUUAACACACACAGCACAGCAGGGUAACUACAGACAUGAUAUGAAUCAUGUAUAUAUAUAUAUAUAUAUAUAUAUAUAUAUAUAUAUAUACACAUCCGAUGUUUGGUGGGAUGUCUGUUUGAUACAGUUCAGUUUAGAUAGAAAACUUGCUAAACUCCAUCAACAAACUACGAGGAUUAGGACCACUGGAAAAAAAAAAAGGAAAAUAUAUACUGUUAUAAUUAAAGAUAUUUUUAUUCUGAGGAAAAAGUCACAAUUUUGAGAUUAAAGUCAGAGGUUUGACUUUUUUAUAUCCAAACCACAUGAACAAACAAGACCACCAGGAAAUUGACAUUGUAACAGAGUGCGGAUAGAAGAGGCUUUUGUUUAUAGUUUCAACAGAAAUGGGUCACUGUAAAAAUAUAACACCAAAAUCAUAGGCCUUUUGAUACAUCAAAACUUACGAUUGUCUGCUUGUUAUGCUAUAACCCACAAAUAUAAUUGUUUUCUAAUGACAACCUGAUACAACAAAUACACUACACACCAUACACAAGAUUAUAGCAACAAUAGAAAAACUCUUAACUGUCAAAUAUUUCAUCUGGGACACUCAGUUGUAAGAUAAAAUGAUGGUGUGUGUCUGUGUGCAUGUGUUCCUCUGAAAGGUCAUCCACCCUGAGGUGAACACAAGAGGACGUGAUGACAAGAUUAAUUUAUUGUAACAGUUUUUAAGCCACGCAUCCCCUUUAAAGGUGGACAUCAGAAUCAAUGAAUAGUAUAUCUCUCUCAAACACACACACACGCACACUCACACACACACACACACACAGAGGUCACCUCCUCUGCCCUCCAAGGGAAGUAAUUACCCAGUGGUUUCCAUGACUACCAGCACUCCCGUCAUCCUCUGUUUCCUUGACACUGAGAGAGAGAGUGAGAAAGAGAGAGUAAAUAAUAAAUAAUGUGCUCCUCUGUUUGCUGCUGUAUUACACACAUGUGACCAAAAGAGUGUGCUCUGUCACACCACACCCAAAGACAUAUCAGCCACACACUUGUGUCUCAAGGGGGCAUCCCAUUCUCCUGAAGUUCUGUACUUUUGUCUCUAACCUGCAUCUUAGUCCCUCCCAUCAGAGAUGCUUGCAGAAGAUGUGAAAAGAGGGAGAGCAAGAACAAGGAAAUACUGUACAUUCAAUAAGAUAAGAGACAGUCUCUCCUCUGGCCUUGGUAAAUCUGAGAAACUCUGGAAAUCAGCAAUUUGUUCAGUUAAAAGUUUCCAGGAAAUAGAAAUACUCCUCAAACCUAACGUUCAUGAUGGACCAUACCUUUGUAAAACUUAUUGAUAUGAUGACAAAUGAAAAAUGUGUUUCUCACUGACUGACAGGCUCCUACUAUUCGAAACUAAAAACAAGAGAAAUAACUGAUGGUGAAGACAAAAUAAUUAUUAUAUUAAUGAUAUUAGACUGUAUGACUAUUUUUGUUCAGUAUGCUCAGAUAUGGGGCUGCAUUAAAGCUCCUGUAAGGAGUUUUAGAUGGUCAUAAAAGAAACUGAAAUUGGGAGAAAUGCCUCUUGGUGAUCCAAAAUAGUGAACAAUAACCAUAACCUUAAGGAGUAACUAUUUGAAUAACAUUAUUUUUACAUCUGAAACCAGAGCCAGGGGAAAGUGUCAGACCAAGAUUAACCUUACAUGGCUGAUACAGAUUUUUUUUUUUAAAUCACAUAUUCAAUGCCAGAGAUUUUUGUAAAAUAUUUAAUUAUUGGAAAACAGCUAGAUUAGCCUUGUCCACAGGGGGGGCGUUAAAACUAUCACAAGCUGAAGGUUGCCCACAGAGGCUUUAAAGUGAUUUUUCAUAGAUGUUAACCCAUAGACUGUAUAUAGAAUGGACAGAGUCUGCCUCCUCGCUGGGUGAAGCCACUCCAAGAACAGCACCCUCUGUUGGCGGGCUGCAGUAUAGGUCAUAAAUCCUGCCUCCGCCAGCAAAGCUUAUGGAGCUGUGGACGAACUUUAGAAAUUUGUUAAACAGAAUAAACAUUUUUGACAUUUUGGCUCAGUAUGUUCGUGGUUUCCAGUGCUUCUGCAGCCAACCUCAAGCUAGCACUCAGGGAACUACAGGUUUUGGCACUUCUGCAUUGGCUCCAUUGGUCAAGCUACAAAACUAGAGGUUAGCACGCCAGCUACAGUUUGUUAACAGUUAGCGAUUGAGGAGUUUUUCACUAAACCUUAAUAGUCUGCUUUUGAAAAAAUGUUAACCAUCAACUAAUUUUCACACUGCUUGCGUUAGCUGACAUGUUGUUCUUUCUGUCUUUGCUCUUAGUCACUUCCCAGAAUCCUUUGCUCUGACCUCCCUCCCUCUGAUGAUGAAUGUUGAAACUUCAGGCUGACACUGCCAAACCUCCACAAACAGACUGCCAUGAACUCCCAGGAGCCAGAGCUCGCCCAGGAGAUGACAGAGGAGACCAAAGUUCCCCCUCGGCAUCAUCACAACAACCACAACAACCGGCCCCGUAACCACAGCAACCAGGACAAGCGCUACAGACGCAGCGAGGCCUCAGCUGGAGGAGGAACUGGCAGCAGAGUUAAAGCCCCACAACAGCGCCGCUCACAGGAAGAACCAGACAUGGAGCCACAACAAGGACCCCCUCAGCUUCCCCAGCCAAUCCCCAGACCUGCAGUUACCCGGUACCGCAGACAGGGGGACAGUGAGGCCCGGAUCAGAGUCCAGCAGCAGAGGCAUAGACAAAGGCAGCAGAGGGAGGCGGAGCGAGCCCAGCAGCAGGAGAAGCAGCUACGCAGUGAGGACGAUGACCGAGAACGGGAUGACUCCGCACUCGCCCGUUCAGCCAGCACCGAGAGCGGCUUCCACACUCACACAGACCGUGCUGAGGGUGACGAUGGCCCGACCAUGAUGUCUCUGGAUCCUGAGAACCAACCAGAGGCUGAAGAUGACACAGGGAACUAUGGAGUCCAGCUACGACCAGAGGCGGAGGGAUACACUGAGAGUGCUGAGGCUGAGCAACAACACCUCCGUCCACAUCCUCACUUUCCUCCCCAACCACCUCCACGUGAGCCCCUACCUGACAUCCAGAACCCCCACAGACAGGCUGAGGAUAUGAUAAAUGCUGGUUACUCCAACUACGUCUACACACAGCCAAUCAGCUCCCCCGGAGAUCAGGGAGAUGGCUCGGCCAAUCAGAGAUCAGACAGUUUAGACGCUGGGCUCACAGAUGAAGCGUACUCUGAGCCGUAUGACAUUUACUCGCUCUCCGAGCACGUUUAUGAGGAAAUCUGUGAUGCUCCUACUUCUGGUCCUCUAGCUGCAGGUGGGGCUGGGUCCCUCCAGCAGAGGAAGGCCAGCUUCCAGCUAUUUGAGAGCAGGCCUGGGGGUGGGGACUACCAUCAGCAGGAGGCGGUGGGUUCCCGUCUGCGUCACUAUGAUGAGCGCUCAGACGGAGAGUCUGACAGCCCAGAAAAGGAGGCGGAAUUCGCCCCGUACCCUCGAGCUGACAGCUGUGAUCAGGAAGAGGAUGCCGAACACACCAUGUCUGAAGUCAAAGGAAGUCUUCAUCAUGCUGUAGGAGACACCAUAGAAGAAGAAACUGAGCUACCUCAAGGAGGAGCUAGAGUCCACCCUGUAGCUGACUCUGCCAAAAACCACCGAGCUGUUAGCCAAGAUAAGCAGGGAAGGAAACAGGCGGCAAGUCCUUCAGAAGAGGCCGGGGCAGUAAGGAACAGUCAAGAGAAGAGAGACGCCAUUUCUCUCGCCAUCAAGGACAUCAAAGAGGCCAUUGAGGAGGUGAAGACCAGGACAGUCAGGUCUCCUUACACCCCUGAUGAACCCAAAGAGCCCAUCUGGGUGAUGAGACAGGACCUGAGCCCUACAGCAGAGUGUGACCUUCAGCCAAUGGCAGGGGGCGAUGUGAGUACCACAGUUCUGAUUACUAAUGAUGACGUCAAGGUUCUGCCAAUGUAGAGACCAUUUUUUUUAGCUUGUUAGCUAUCUUUAUACACAUUUUACAAUAUGUUUAGUGACAGCUGAGCUACAAAAGUACACCAGAGAUGUUAAAGGGAUAUUCCGGCGUAAAAUUAAUUUAGGGUCAAACACACUGUAACACGGAGUUAGACACCCCUUGAGCGAUAAAUGUUGCAGACCGCUUGCUUCUCUUGUUAUACCAACUUUAGUAACGACCACACGAUAGCAAUAAAGACCGGUCUCAAGAGCCACACACAAACCUCAACAAAAACGCCACUCUAUAGCCACAAAUAAUGCUCAGAACAGCUCCUAACUUCAUCAACAGUACAUGUAGGGUCCCAGCCACAGCACUAGCCACCAAACAUCAUUUUAACUUUGCCUGAUUUCUUUAGCAAAGAGACUAAACACAACUCAACUACUCUCUUCCAGCAGCUGGUUGAUCAUUACUUUUUCAUUUCCUUGAAGUAAUAAUCACCAUAUUAAUAAUUUUAUGCUGCAGAUGCGGCAGUUCUUCUGCCUUAGCAUCUCCGUCUGAUUGCAUUUCCAUGAAGAAACGAUCAUAAAUGUUCUUCCUUGAGCUGCGUCACCCCGCAGCAGUCCUUCUUUAGGUGGAGGAUGCUUGGUGUAUGAUUUCAAAACAGAAAUUCGAUUUUGAUUUUUCAGACCACAGGACAAUUUUCUACUUCCUCUCUGCUCUUCUGAAAUAGGUUCAGGUCCAGAGAUGUCAUUGGUGUUUUGGAUCCUGUUGAUGUAUGAGUUUAGACCUGCAUAUACAAAUGCAGUGAUGAACAAUAUUCACAGGCAAUGGUUCUUGGAAGUGAUACUGAGUCCAUGCAGUGAUUUCCACUACAGAGUCAUGUCUGUAUUAGUGUAGUGCUGCCUACUACUGGGAAUAUGGACCAGCUGCAGGGCUGCUCCCUUUCGGGCCAUGGAAGGAAGAAAGGAGGACAGAGAAAGAAAAAAAAGGAAGGCAAAGAACUCAGACAAGAGAGGCAGAGAGUAGUGUGUAGUGGUGCCAGAGAAAGAAGUCUGGAUGACUUGAUAAUAAAAUGAUGAAAUCCACAAACUAUUUGCUUGACCAGUUUCACUCCAAAAGUAAUAAACCUUUUCAUUCCCGAGAGAUUAAGCCGCUCUGAGUACCUUUUUUAUACCCAAUCAUGUUCCCAACCUGUUAAAAACAAACCUUAUUAGUCGUAAGAUGUUCCUCCAGAUGUUUUUUAGAGUUACACAACUUUUUUACUGUUUUGUUUCUUUACGCUCCAACUGUUUUGAAGCAUGUGUCUGGCAUUAUACAUAAAACAUAUGUUGAAAAAUGUUUUUCUCAGUUUCAUUAUUUGAUUUGUUAAACUAAAGUAAAAUUAAUUUCUCAGUCACAUGUUAUUUCAACUUACUCAGCAGGUCAGCGCUAUUAAAACGUCACUUAACACAGUCAGACUUCAGAUACAUCAACUGUUUUCUGUCACAACUCAAACGGCUUGGAGAUCAUUUCUGCAGUGUAUUUCAUUAAGUGAAAGAAAACUGCAAAAGUUAAUGACAGUUAAAUCUUUGGAUAAAAGUGUUUUGAAAUCAUAUCCAUGUUAUAAAUUCAACAAAAGUUAUGCCAAUAUUUACGAGCAGGUUGGUGAUGAGCGACUGAACUUGACUGACAUAAACUUUGGAAAGCUUUUAGCUAUUAGUCCACAGUUUGCGUUAAACCCUGCAGUAUAUUACCUAGAAGAUAGCACUCAAGGAAGUAUACUAUCACUUUCCUGCUAAAACAUACUGGAUAAAUAGUGAGGAAGACCAGUUCAGCUUUAUGUGACUGACAGAUGCAGCCAGUUUCUAACAUACAGUCUGCUGCAGAGCAAUGAAACCAAAUUUUAUGUCACAGGUCUCAUAUUUUCACUCAAAUCUAGGAUGUUUUCUCAGUGGCUGAUAUCCUCACUGUUCAUGGCCAAUUUUGAAAAGACCUCUCACCAAGCGGCAACCUUUGGUUUUUGAGAAAUGUAGCUGGCCUGGUUUUGUUUCUGAUACCUUGGGGCGCCAAUGGCACCUGCUGUAUGGGGAGUGAAUUAUUUGUAAUGCGCUUGCUUUGCAGGUUUAAGUUACAAGUCUGGUAGUUCAGAGGCACACUGUCUUGACUGACAGAUAGGUACACUGUACCCAUGUCUGAGGAGACUAAGUCCCCGCUCUGGUAGGUUAACUUUAAGUUAGGUUGUGUCAUCACUGCAAAUUUGAUGACCACUGCCGUUUGGCUUCAGAACUCUGUUUCAGAACCAAAUGGGGGAUGUCAUUAAAGCUUCAUUCAACACAGUCUAUUUAAUUUCAAUUUUUAUUUAUUUUUCAAAUUUUGCUUUAACACAAUUGAGAGAAAAUCUUUUUAUUCUAACUUUUUAUGAAAAUAAUUUACCAUGUAAAAAAUUUCUGGGAAACUAAAAAAACACAUUUCUGUACAUUCAGCUUGUAUAACCCUCUUGGUUUGGAGUUUACACAACCAGAUUUUGAAUAACCCUAAGGCCUGGUGGUUGGAGACCCCUAGUUCAGUAAAUAAUUGUUAUGACACGCUGGUUUGAUUGAAAUGGCCCCUCAUUUUAAGACAUCAGAUGACCAGUGGAAUGGAUGGGGUGAGUCAGAGUGUGGGCAGAGGGUCCCAAAGCUAAUGUAAUUUCACCACAGGAGGACGAUGGCCAAGCUAUCAUCUCUCAUGGACGAUGUUUCCCACCCCCUACAGAGCACUGUGACAGCACUGGGCAGCUCCUUCAGUCCCUCACACCACAAGUCCUUCCUUCUUGCUGCAGUCAGACCGUUUAGCGAGGCCUGCUCCCAGUAAUCCAGUUUUUUUUUUUUUUGAGCACAACUAAAGAACAAUAACUCAAUGUACAGUAUUGGCAGGCCAGAUAUCUAUUACAAUUGCAAACACUUUAUUUUCUUUUAGAUAUAAUAACUCACAUAAUGUACAGUAACAUAUCCUAUUCUUUUUGUUCACUGUGUGGAACUCUUUGUCCUCUAGCUUUUGCAUAGGUCUAACUUUACUCUUUAUAAUUACCUGUGCAUUGUCUUUGUGCAUGAUGAGAGUGUACCUAUUCUUCUAUGUUUGCUAUGCUGAUCCUCUGCUGCUGUUAACGCUGCAAAUAUCCCCAUAUGAGAUAAAUAAAAGUUUAACAUAUCAUACCUCACAGCUGAUGCUACCUCUAAUAGGUUUGUCUACUAUACUGUCUGGUAGCGAGCUUGAUAGUAAAAACAGAUGGUUAAAAGAAGGAGCUUCACGUCCUCAGAGACACUUUGUGGACAUUGUGAGAGCUGUGGACGUCUUCACAUAGGGUGGCACAUUUGAACCCUUAGGCGUCUUCAAACACUGACAGAAUUUAUGUUCCAUCUUUUAUGGCAUAAAUAGAAUAUUAAAUCAGACACUGUUCUCAGACUGAUCUCAGGUCAUGUGAUGUUUCUCUCCUCUUCCCCCUGUUGUCCCCACACCCUUUUCCUCCGCCCACUGAUUUAUUGAUGGAGGUGAGACAGGUUCAAUUAUUCAGUGAGGAUCAGGUGACAGAGAGACAGGAGCUGUUGAUGUUUCCAUCUGAUCAGACUUGCAGCCUCUGCCGGGUAAAGACCCUUUGUGUUUAUCUUCAGAUGUCCAAAUUCAAGUGUUCAUAUACAGAGUGAUUCAGUCACAAUCAUCAUACUGAUAAGUACAACAUAACUUCAUUUCAGAUCUGCAGCCUCGGCUCAGGGUUUCAACUUCAGUCAGAUUACAUUCAUAUUUUUAUACAUGUUUACAUAACACACUUAAAAAAUAAAUGUGUAUAAAUUAGGGUAAUGAACACAUGAAUCGGUUGCAUGGAUAAGGAUUAAUAUAUUUAUACAGUGAAUGGAGCUGGUCUGUGUGUUGUUCAGAGGAUGAAUUUGAUACCUGAGGAUCCCUGAUGUCACCUAUGCGGUCUCAGGUGUUGUAUUUAAACACAGUCCCUCUCUCUGAGAGUCAGUGCACCUGCUUUACCUGUUGAGUCUCACCCGAGUUUAUUUCACGGAAAACAUGGAAAACUUCUGGAUGUAUCAGGUUGAGAAGCUGGAGGAGGAACAGAGCAAACAGGAGGAGCAGCGAGACGCAGAGCAGGAGGUGUGUGGAUAUUUUUAGGGAAUUUCAAAAUAAGGGUUUAUUAUUACGGCCACUGAGACACUGGCCCCUGUAAUUUGAUUUGCAGACUUUGUACAUUUUUAGUCUCAACGAUUGUCACUGUUUAGACAAGGUAGGUAGGUGGGUAGAAAGGUGGGUAGAAGGGUAGGUGGGUAGGAAGGUAUAGUAAGGGUUAAAAGAUGAAGGGAAGGGGGAUUAAGGGGGUUGCAAAGUAUGCGGACAGUUAUCUCUUUCUGUCCUCUCCUCUUCUUCUUUUUCUUCUUGUCCUGUUUUUCUUUGGUCAUUUUUAUCCCUUCACUUCAUUUCUCCUCCUCGUCUUUUUUUGACCCCUUCUCUUCUGGGGACUUCUUGUUCUCCUGCUCUCUCUCUCGUGUCUCUCUUUCCUCCUCUUUUCUCUCUUCCUCCUUCUUUUCUUUCAACAUGUUCUCUGCCUCCUCUUUUUGACUCUUCUCCUCCUCUCUUUUCUCCUUCUUCCUCUCCAUCUUCUCUUCUUGUUCUUCCUCCUCUGAGGGGUCCAGCUGAUGUUGCAUGGUCUUGUUUAGUUGGAGUAUCUGAGAAGAGAGCUGAGAAAGAAACUGUGCAUUAGAUCAUUCAGUAAAAGUUGAAGUUCUUUUCUAGAGGAUCUGAGAUUAUUAGGAUUAUUAGUUACUGUCACAUAUCUGAGCUCUGAAGUACCUGCUGGUUGCUGGUCUGCUCAUCAAGACUUUUCUGCGGCUCGUUGCACUUGUUCAUCCAGUCUUCUUCUGUCCUCUUCAGCUCCAUCUCCUUUUGGUUCAGCAGGUCCAUAGUGUCUAGGUAGGCUUUGGUUCGUUUCCGUCUUUGUUUGAUGGCCCGGCUCAGGAGCUCUACUGUAGACUUUAACUCCUCUUGGAGCCUGCUCAACUCCAACUUUUCUUUGGCCAGUUGCAUUUCAUGCUUCUCCUUUAUCUCAGCCUGGAGUUCUUCUAGCUCCCCUCUAAGACUCUUUAUCGCCAUCUCUUUUGGGACUAGUGCGUCCUCACAGGCCUUGGUUAUUUCCAGCUUCUUUACAGCACCUUCCAGGAGACUGUCUUUGAGCUGUAGCUCCUCUUUCAGGUGUUUUGCCUCCUCCUCUUUUCAGGCCAGCAGGUCCAAUGUGUUUGCAUGGACCUGUGUUACGUCCUGCUCCUCUUCAACACUUUCACCCAGGAGGUUAUCUUUUUGCUUAAUCUCCUCCUGGAGUUUGUUCACCUCUUCUUCUUCUUUUAGGGCCAGCAGGUCUGAGGUGUUUUUGUGGGCCCUGUUUAUCUCCUGCUCUUUUAAAGCAGCUUUAACAAGGAGAUCAUCCUUCAGCUUCAGCUCCUUUUGGAGCUCGGUCACAUCCGGCCUUUUGGUUUCUUCCUCUCGGUUCUUCAGCGCUUUAUUUUGCGCUUUGAGAAGCUUCACCUCAUUAAUGGUGGAAGAGAGGGUUUCUCUUAGAUGCUGAAUGAUGUGACUAUCAGAGAACUGAAGCUGAGGUUGCUGCAGCUGAACAGCACUCAGAUAGAAAACAGGAAAUGUUCUGUCCAUGACGGCACACAGAAGAUGAAGAUAAAAAUGAUUAAGAUCUUCAAUGAACUCUGAUGAACGGCAGAAAGAUCUGCUCAGAAAGUUCACAAACUUGAAACUGUGCGAUAGUUUCAGAGGUCUGAUAAAGGUGAAGUCAUAUUGUUGUUGUAGAGAAUCAAUAAUUAAAAAAGUUUUUGCCUGGUAAUGAUCUUUCUCUCCAGUAUCAAGGUCCAAGAUUAGAUCCUGUGCAUUGUGAAGUCAAGUCAGUUCCACGAAGAUCUCUAAGUUUUGCGAACACUGAAUUUAUUAAUUGUGUAUUCAUGUCACUCAAACAUCAUAGAAUGUGUUUACUCAGCUGAACAGAUAUUGCAGCACAAAUUCAGCCAACGGCCAUCUAAAAGAUGAAUAGGUGAGAUGAAUGAUGAAUCAUAGAUGAAUGAUUAGGUUGAAGGAGGAAAAUGGUCUGUCUCUUCUCAUCACCAUUCGUCAGAGCUUUUAUGAACAUGGAGUUAUGUUGUCAGUUUUCUCACCAUUUAUCUCAUUGUCUCUAAUAAGUCAUGACAUUUAGUGCGUCAGCGACUCUUUAUUGACAAACUUAACACUGGUGCAAAUGUUUGCCAUGUGUAAUCGACUUACUGGAGUUCAAUAUUUUAUGUGGGGUAGUCAUAAUCACACACAAAAGUUCAGGCUCAGUUAAUACAAUACUGGUAAACAUAUGUGUAUCAAUAUCUAGUCACUUACAGAUGUCGUAAAUAAAGAAAUGAGCUAUCAAGACCAAAACUGUCUGUUUUGUUCUGUACAGUUUGUACCAGGUUGUAAUCAUUUACAUCUGUUGUACAGUUGAAUAUUAUAACAUUGAUCCCCCACUCACUUUUGGAGGCAGCCUCUAGUGGACACUCUAGGAAUUGCAGGUUUGUGUUACUUGAGUGCUGGCUUUAUGCUCAGUUUAAGAGUCUUUGUCUCGGAGGAGACAGAGAAAGCGUGUUUUAAAUCCACCUUGCAGAAGUGAAAUUAAAGAUAAAUGUGACAGAGGACAAAGAAACAUGAGAACAGAAACGGUUCAGCAGGUAAAUGUGAGCUGAAGCCUGGGGGAUAUUUCUGCUGCUGUGACUCUCAGUGUGGCAACAUUUUCCUGCUUUCUGUCUCACUCUGAGCUCUUCUGCUCCAAUAGUUUUUCCCCGGAGCGCUGACUCGUCCUGUCGCUGUGUAAGCUCACUCUCAUUCAGACCAUGAAUAACGGAUGAUAUGUGCUGUGAAACAGAUGCUGCUGAUGACAGCUGUGCAGAGUGAUUAUUUUGAUAUGAGCACUGUUGUCUUGAAGGUUUUUUUUGCACCUUGACAGAUAUUUAUUUAUUAUUACACACCUUUGUGCUGAGCUCUGUGUGAAAACUCCCCUGUUCUGUACUGAUCACUGACAACUUGUAAAAUGAACUUAACUCUCUUCUUUAUGUACACUUAAGGACAAAAUUAUAAGCCCCCCUAUAUUUAUCUGAAAUGAAUUUACAUAUUUAUUUAUUCAUACAUAUAUGUAAAAAGAAUAUGUUUAUGUCUUUAUUCAUAUAUUUAGAUAUAAAAUGUCAGAAUAGGUCAUUUUUCAAUGGCAUCCCUGACGCAGUUAGACGGCACCCCAGUGUGACGGGACAUCCACUUUGAGAAAGGCCGUGUUAAACAGAGCAAAUAAUUUUUGAUGCAGUGUUAAUGUGUUUUUUUUUUUAUUGAAUUUUCCUUCAGGGAUCAAUAAAUAAAGUUCUUCUUUCAAACAUCCUAGUUUAUUUUGGAUGUUUACAUUACUUUGCAUACAGAUGGACCUUCAUCUGCAGUUGACCCCACAUAUUUUCAAUUCAGGACUAUAGGGGGCUAAUGAUUUUGUCAUUUUGUAUGUGUUUAGAAGCACACAGAUGCAUUAGCUCUGUGACACCAGAACAUCAGUGGUUUCUGUGCUCUUUGGCUUAGUAUCUCCUUUGUUUGCUGUAAUGUUUUUCUAAGGUCUCGAAUUUAAAAAAAAAAGUCUAAAAGACCCUCACUUUGUUUCUGCCCAUCAGCUAAAAACAUAUAAACUGUUUGUCUGAGUGAGUGAGUGAGUGAGUGAGUGAGUGAGUGAGUGAGUGAGUGAGUGAGUGAGUGACUGACUGACUGACUGACUGACUGACUGACUGACUGACUGACUCACUGACUGACUGACUGACUGACUGACUGACUGACUGACUGACUGACAUGAGCCAUGAGCCAUGAGCCAUUAGAAAGAGACUUCCAUGGUUCUGAUCAGAGCUGCUUCUUGUCCUUCUUCUUCAGUCCCCACGGUCGGGCUCUCCAUCUCCUCCAGGUGCAGAGUCGUCCAGCCUCCACCUGCUCCAGGACCACACCUUUGACUCCUCCCCCUCCAGCAAAGAGGUCAGAGUUCAACAAAUAGUAGAUUUAAUUACAAAUGAAAAGACUGUGACAUCAAAACCUAUGAAUGAAACUGAAAUUAUUUCGCAUAUACCCAUAGAAACGGUAUAUUUGAUUCAGGACAUAACUGAUUUCUAAAAAAGCAUUUUACAUUUCGGAAAUGUUUUUGAUUUUCUCAAAUUUAAUUUCUUCAAUUUCAAUUCUUAAAAAAAGAUUUUACCUUUCAUAAAAGUACAAUCACAAAUGUUUUUUAAUUGUAACAUUAUUUUUUAGGAAUUAUAAAGACUUGACUGUUAAGAAUCAGAUGCUUUUUGAAAGAAAAGUUUUUAUUUUAAAAAACAAUUUAUUUCACAGUCACAUUUAUUUGAUCAAAUACUGAUAUAUUUUUUAAACUGUUCAGUUAUUUCAUUUUUUUUCUUUUUUGGGACACAUUUUUCAAUGAAGAUUAGAUUUUCCAAGAAAUAGUGAACUUUUCAAAGACAGCCAAAGUCUUUCUCAACAGAAUUUGCUUUAAAUUUAGUUUUUUUUUUUUUUUUAAUUUUUAAUUUAUUAUUUCUUGUUUAAAAAAAACCUAAUGAUUCACAAGAGGUUUCCAAUGAAAUGAUUUUUUUAUGCAAUUUGAAAUAAAAAAUCCUUUUUUAUUUCAGUCCAGGAGAAGUCUUGCAUCCUUUCCCACUUAUGUAGAAGGUGAGUACGUCAUCUUUGGUCAUCCUUUGGUCAUGAGAGUUAAAAUAUUUAAGUGCUACUUAAAAGUGGAGGUGGUCUUAUCACACUCAACAUUAACAGACAAGAACAAGAUAGAUUAUCUGAUUUAUAUGACAGAGUAUAAGGGCCAGACUGAGAAAACAAUUUUUUAAAGACUUUGAGAAUCAAGUUGUACAUUCCUGAGAAUAAAGUCAUAAAUUUAUGAGAAUAAAGUCAAAAAUUUACGACAAUAAAUUCACAAUAUUACGACUGUAUUCUUGAAGUUUGUAAAAAAGAUUUAAAAAAAAUAUAUCUCAAUGUGGCCCCACUACUCUGUAGUAGAUUUAAGAGGUUCAUCAUCUCCACUCUGACAGAUUAUUUAAUCUGACUGUCAAUUGAGUCACAGUCAGAGAUUAUUACAGCAUGCUAUCAACAUUUUUUUAUUCCAUGAGAAUCAACCAAGGUCAUCAUAAUUAUUAUUUUUUAUGGAAGAAUACAUGAACAUUAUUACACUGUGAGACUUUUCACCUGUCCUCUAGUACCCGGACCAUGUGACCCUGAGGAUCUGAUCGAUGGGAUCAUCUUUGCUGCCAACUACCUCGGCUCUACUCAGCUGCUGUCAGACAAAACACCGUCUAAAAAUGUCCGGAUGAUGCAGGCACAAGAAGCAGUCAGCAAAAUAAAGGUAUGAAACCAGCUAUUACAUGUGUUAUUGAGAAAUGACUGACGUCUAAGCGUCUCCCUUGGUCAGUUUGUUCUUUAAAUCUGUUUCUGUCUCUUUUGUUCUCACAGACGGCUCAGAAAGUAGCUCAAAACAGGAAGAAGGUGAAGUAUCUCUUGACCUGUUUCCUCCUCCUUAAAGCUACACCUCUCUUUGUCUGUGUAUGUGUGCGUCUCUGUGGGGUUCCUAAACUGGUGUAAACAUGUCUCCAAGGUGAUCUGAGUGAUCAUGAGUGGACAGAUUUGGGUAUGAUUGAUUCAAACACUUAACCGAACCAGUGUCCCCCCUGCAGUGUCUUUGUGUCUCUUGUUGAGUCCAGCAGCCUGGUUAACUCAAAUGUGAUCUUUGUCAGGUUUUCAGAUUCAGUCUCUUGAUUAUUUUGCUAAUUCCACCGAUUUGGACUCAUGUCUUAUUCUCUGUUUAUUUCAUAGAUGACUGAAGUGUUUAGCUGUGUGAUAUUUAACUGUUCUCCAUCUGCAGGGAGACCAAACCUGACUCAGGUCAUCUGAUCUCUGAAACUGUACUGUGUUUAAUUUGUUGAUGUGUGUGUAUGUGUGUAGACCUCCGAAGGUGAGCCUCAGCCAAUGACGGAGGUGGAUCUAUUCAUCUCCACACAGAGAAUCAAAGUGCUGAACGCUGACUCACAGGUAACAAACACACACUGAUGCACUAAACACAGGUACAGCACACGCAGUAAUACAUGACACACAGGUGCUGCACACUGAUGAACAAAAUAGGGGUGAAACUAAAAAAAAUCACACACACAUUAACAUCUCACAGUAGUAGAAAAAGUGUGUUUGGUAUUGGGAUCAACUUCAGUUCUGUUUAAUCUGGUUGGUUUUCAUAAGUUAUUCUUCUUCUCACUCCUUUUUCAAUAUGUAUUUCUGUUUUAUUUUUAAAUGUUUUGCCUUACUUUUCUUGUUUUAUUUUUUAUAUUUAUGGUUUGCAUAUUCGAAAUAAACUUCAAUCAAUCAAUCAAUCAAAAAAUCCUGUUAGAUCUGAUGCAUAAGGUUCAGUUCUAUAUGAUCUAGUUUAUUCCAUUGUAAUCUUGUUUGAUUUUAUCUACUCCUGUUCAAUCUGGUUUGAUGUGUUUUUGUGUAAACCAGGAGACCAUGAUGGAUCAUCCUCUGAGAACCAUCUCCUACAUCGCUGACAUUGGUAAUGUGGUAGUUCUGAUGGCCCGCCGCAGGAUGCCCCGACCAGACUCCCAGGAGAACCUGGAGGCCUCUGACCCGAGUCAGGAGAGCAAGAGGCAGUACAAAAUGAUUUGUCACGUGUUUGAGUCCGAAGAUGUGAGUCCAACUCUUAUCAUGAAUAAAUAUAAGUAUGGAUGGUUUAGUUUAUUGCUUUAAAGAGUUUAGACUAUUCAUCACACAGCCUGUAAAUAAACGCAGUCCAGUCAGUACCAUGCAGUACUGCUCUGUUCUGAGAGCUCCCUGCCCUUCCAUGCGUGCACAUGACAUGCUGAAGCCAGAGGGCACACCAUCCCUCUGUUUCAGGUGCAUACAUGAAAAGCCAAGGCAGGGAGAGCAGCAGUAAAGACUGUGAUCGUGGAGUUAGUUAUUAUUGAUGCUUUCUAUGACCAAAGAAAGCUAAUCAUGAGACAAUAGCUUAUUUUAAAGCCUUUAUAAACUACAGGAGAUUAAGUGCCCAAUGUUCAGCACACUGAAGAAACUGAGAAUUGUUUUUAUCUUCCAUGAAAAGAUUCACUGUGAGUUAUAUGUCUGACUGUUGGAGGACAACAGGAUGACAUAUUUCUAAUCAGAAAUACUACUUAUUAAAACGUUUUCCUGUGUCCUCAGGCCCAGCUGAUCGCUCAGUCCAUCGGACAAGCCUUCAGCGUGGCCUAUCAGGAGUUCCUUCGAGCUAAUGGAAUAAACCCAGAGGACCUGAGCCAGAAGGAGUACAGCGACCUGCUGAACACACAGGACAUGUACAAUGACGACCUGAUCCACUUCUCCAAGUCUGAGAACUGCAAAGAUGUGAGUUUACAUCAAUUAAAACAUUGACACUACAAAGAUUCUGCAGUAUUUUAACAAAAUGCUUCACAUAGAGUGUCUUUGUAAAACCUUUUUAGACUUCCCCCCCAAAAAAGACUGCAUUUUAUAAUCCCACCUUAGAUCAGGAGCUGAUAUCUGAGAUUUUGCAGUAAAAUGUCAAAGAAAGCAAUGGCUCUAAAAGUUAAGUUGUGUAUAAUGUCUGUCCUUUCAUGCAUUGUGAUAAAAAUGCAAAUAACCAUAAGGUCUUUGAUCAUUUGAAUUACUUUGUGAUCCCUUGACAGUUUUUCUUUUUUGUGUUGGUCACUCUGGUGGGAUUCAGGUGCUCAUUGAGAAAGGUAAAGGUGAGAUUCUGGGCGUGGUUAUCGUGGAGAGUGGGUGGGGCUCCAUCCUGCCCACUGUCAUCAUCGCUAACAUGAUGCAUGCUGGUCCAGCGGAGCGGUCAGGCAGACUGAAUAUCGGAGACCAGAUCAUGUCCAUCAAUGGGACCAGUCUAGUGGGACUUCCUCUGUCUACCUGCCAGAGCAUCAUCAAGGUGAGACUUUAUUGUCAGUGACCACAGGUUUUCAAUCAAUUAAUCAAUCUUGAUUUGUGUCGCACCAAUUCACAACGUGUUAUCCCAAGACACAAAAAAGAUCACACCAAACGUAAAGAUGGGCCCCUACUUGUAGGGUCAGACCCACUUAAAUCCCAUCUUUAAUCAUGAGUGUAAAACCUUGCAGCAUUUUGCAAGUUACAGUUUUUAAGGUAUCCUCGGUGAGAGUUCUGCUUAACACACAUCAAUCCUUGCUGAGGUUUACUUAGUGUAAACAAGUGAAAUCAAGGUGAAAUGCAGUAUCAGGUGUCAAGUGUACUCAGUUGUCAGGUCUCAGGUCUAAUUGGGUGAAAUAAAUAAGUUGAUUAUCGUCAGAGUUAAUCAGGUUUAAUAAAUUGUCACAUGCCAAUCUAUCACUCAGUUAAAGUUUAUUUAAGUAUUAUUAGUAGUAGUAUGGUAGUAUUAUUUAACCCUAACCCUUAAGAUUAUCAUGCUUAAAUACUUUGGAAAUUCAGAUUAGAUCAUUGAUUUAUUAUGAAGAAAAGAUUUUUGUUCAUCUGUAUUGCAUCAAGCUUAACUAAACUCAGUAUAGUAGAGACCACUUUAAGAAAAUUAACAUAUUUAUUUUAAUGAAUUGUAUGCUGGUGUGGCUUUUUUCUAAUAGCUUUUACUGAUAAAAUGUGGAAUGCCAAACCUGAGGCGGGGAGGGUACACCUCCCCUCCCUUUAAUGUGCAGCAGCAAAGACCCUCUAAAGUACAAAACAAAGCAGACAUCAGUGACAAUUCACAUGACAUAAAACUUAGUCAGACUUGUAGGAAGAGUAGGCAGCCUACAGGAUGUGUAGAAGGCAACUAAUGUGGGCUGGUGUUAGGAACAGCUGAUGUACGGUGGUAUGUGGCCUGCUUUAUCACACACUAAAUCUGGUAAAAUCUGCUAAAUCUGGAUUUGCUUCAUGAAGACUGUAUCGUGAGCACAAAAGACAUACCAAAUGGGACUAUGGUGUUCAGAAAAAGGGGAAGUAAAAUUCAACAGGACCUUGAAUUGACCCUUGAGGAACUCCAACUUCUCAUUUUUAGUUUAGAGGAUUUUAGGAGAUGUUCUAGUUUAUUGGAGUUCUGUUUACUAUAUAUGGUGGUAUGCAAUAGAAGAAACAGAGACGAUUCUCCUGUAAUAUCUCUUUGUGUCAUAUUCUUUUAGUUAAUGUGCUUGUGAGGUAUAUUUCAGGAGAAGUAAAUGAUAGUGUAAAUCUAUUUAGGGUCAACUGACAUUUUUCCAAGAUCUUCCUACUUUCUUCAGUCUUAUCAAUACUGUGAAACAGGAUGAAAACAGACACAGAUCAUUGUAGAUGUCUUUGUCUGUUAAUACAGGAGACUGUCUCUAGGUGAGAGAAGGAUUUGACCAGUACUGUUUUCUCUGCAGGGUCUGAAGAACCAAGCUCGCAUCAAACUGAAUAUUGUCAGAUGUCCCCCAGUAACCACCGUACUUAUCAGACGACCAGAUCUGCGCUACCAGCUGGGCUUCAGCGUGCAGAACGGCAUUGUGAGUAGUCCUUUGAUUACGUCUUUUUAAUAGAUUACACAUUCAGAUAUAUUCUGUGGUUCAAUCUGUUCAAUCUGCAGAUCUGUAGCCUAAUGCGAGGGGGCAUCGCUGAGCGAGGAGGGGUCAGAGUGGGUCACCGCAUCAUUGAGAUCAACAGCCAGAGCGUCGUUGCCACGCCCCACGAAAAGAUUGUCCACAUUCUGUCCAAUGCUGUAGGAGAGGUGAGAGCUCAGUGUGAUGAAAAAAAUAUGUACAGUUUUUAACAUGUACAUAGAAUGUGCACAGUAAUUAGAUCAUAGAUAUCAAUGAGAAAGGCUAGAUGACUCGAACUGGAGUCACCUGCGUCCCUUAGUGGCGGCCAUCUUACUCCAGUAUACUAUUCAGGUGUGCUCUAUGGUGGCUGACAGAAGUUGAGUAAUUUGCAUGAUCAAAAAUACUCUUAACUCACUGAAUCUUGACAGAUUUACAAAUGGUUUUGUUUGUUACAUACAUUAAUAAUGUGGCAAUGAGUCAGGAUGCUUUUACAUAUUAAAAUGGCUGAUUUUCUUUGAGAAAAAAAAGACUUAAUCGUGCAUCACUGUUGUUUCACGGCUAAUUGCGUGCAAGGACUAACUUUGAGUCGAUCAGCGCGAGCUGUCAAGGCUGGGACUACAUUCGAGAUUUUAAUUUCUUGUAUGACAGCCUAUAUUUUUUGUCUAAGUGACAGUCUUUGUGGAUGUGCUUGUGUUCUUGAGCUUGGCUAACAGACUCGCUGUGAGUGAGACCGAGUACAUAUUACAAAGUUGACCCGGCAACUUUACAUCAGUUGAAGAGGCAGAAAUGCUCUUUCAAUUCAACAUAAUUUAAGUUGCACAUGAUUUCUAAGUUUUUUGGUUUGUUAGAAACAAUUAAAAUGGCAACAUGAGGCAGAUAUUUAUAUUGAAAAUAAAUACAUAUCUGUUAUUGUUAUGUGUUAUCAUAGUUACCCUUGUAAUAGAAAUAUUGUGAAUAUAACAUACAUGCAGUGAUUAAAUUUAUUAUAACUGCUCUGUGUCUGUAGGUCUAUAGCUAUUGCUCUAUCUAUCUUCUUAAUGUUUAUUUAUGAAAAUCCAUGGUAAAAUUAUUCUUGAGUAUGCAGGAACAUAACUAAAACUCUGAGGUUUGUUACAAACCAAACCAUUUAAAAAUCAGUUUAAAAUUAAUCAAUCUAUGGUUAUUUAAAUGCUACAUGCACGGUAGAUUAUAAAGUUAUGAGUGGGCGAGCUGCCUGAAGCAAGAUGGCAGCCAUGCGCGGACGUUGGUCUCCAUUGGCUAACAGCUUGCGUAAUAUCUAUGAAUUAGAUUAGAUGAGAGUAGAUUAGAUUAGAUUAAAUACAAUUUUAAUGAUAAAUUUGGGAAAAUUAGUAAACAGAUAUUCACUUAUUUGUCUGUUUAUCCCUUUUUUUUGUUUGAAUUAAAUCCUUCUUGUUGUCUUCGUCUCAGAUCCACAUGAAGACAAUGCCUGCAGCUAUGUACCGCCUGCUGACGGCUCAGGAGCAGCCUGUUUACAUUUAACCAGACAGAGGCCUGAUAACCCUCCCCCACCCACCCACCCACCUGCACACAUGCACAUGCACACACACACAAAUCUAUACACACUUUAAACCUGCUGUUACCACCUGACCCCACCCUCUCUCUACAGCUGAUGAACCACAACAGUGAGUUGUAGAAGGAUUGUUGUGUUGCCUUCAUUGUACAGACACAAGUGUUUGAUCAUGAUUGUUUAUUACAUCGAAACGGUAGACUGGUAUGAUGUUUUACCUGUUCUGUUUCUCAACAACUUUUAGUCCCGACACCUGUCAUUGUCCCUAAAGUAUCCUCACCAUGUUUUUGUUUAAUGAAAGAGAAGUAAGAAGCUGCAUUUUUACUGGCUAAGCACAGCGCCCUGGUUGUUGACUGAAAAACGAGCUGCACACUGAGUCCUGACCUUUACAGCCUGACUGCUUUCUGCCAUGCUGCUAUUUCACUGUCUGACCUCUGCCUGUUUGAUGUGCUCUUUAUUCUUUCAUGUGGAGGAAUUAUCUCUUGGGACCAGCCUGCAUUCACUCUCGGAUCGCACUCCAGUACUCUUAAAUAUUUUGAAGUAGCUAAUGUACUCAAGCGACUAUACUGUACAUACUAAAAUACAAUAGUGUCAUUUUUCCGAAAUACUCUGAAAUCAGUUCACCCAUGUACUCUGCACAUCAGUAAGUGUAAACAUCUUUAGGCACUCCUCACAUUCACCUUUUUGUUCCCACUAAAACUAACACAGAUUUUUUGGGGGAGAUAUUUAAAAAUGAUCUGAAAGCCAUCUGUAACAACUGCUGCGGUGUUUCCUGUUGUUAAAAUUGUAUUUCUCAGUGCAGAGCAGCAAAAUCAGAGAGAUAUAAUUAUGAGGCAAGUACCAUGAAAUAAUACACAUGAAACUAACACCCUGUAAUAACACUCGGUAUACAAACUCUAUGUAAUAACACCAUGAAAAAGCACACAAUAAUAUGAACACAAUGAAAUAACAUCCAACAAACGAACACCAUGUGAUGACUGAGGAAAGUGACAACAUGUUAUAACAUACAUUAUACAAGCAGCAUGUAAUAAUACAUUUAAUUAACAGUUUGUUUUUUAUUGCAAACAUGUUUACUUUUAAAUGUUUGAUUUAAUUAAAAUUGUUCAAUCAUUAUUAGCAGAAAGAAACACUGUUAUUGAUAGAGACCAGCAGAGGACUAGAGUCCAUUACAGCCAGAUAAUGACACACUUUCUAAAAAUCAUCGUGCUUCAAAUUUUCAUCACAUAAAAAAAAAAUUAUAUUGAUGUAUAACCUGCCGUUCAUAAUCAAAAUAUAAAGAUCUCAACAGGCUUUGAUACUGUUUCAAUGAUAACAUUAGUGGGCCUGACUAUAACCUGGAAAGUCUUAGUAUAUCGUAAUAUUUUAAUACAAUAAAGACAUUGUUCACAUCUCAAAUACACACAACAGAUCACAGCUAUUACUCUGCUUGCUUUGACUGUCUACUCAUUUAUACUUUGGCGUAGCAAGAUAUAAAGCCAAGCUCUGCGAAUGAAAUUUAUAAAUAUAACAACAUGUUUUGUCAACUUACAAUAAAUGUGGCAUUAUGAUGAACAACAAGACAAGGUAGCUGGCUAAUCAGCCAACAUGUCAUCGCCUUCAAAUCAUUUUCAACAAGAAAUUGUCAGAUGGCUCCUGUUUAUGGUGGCCAGCCUGAGACAAAGGACCUGUCCUAUUUCAGGGCCUCCAUCCUACAGAGGGCACAUUUACAGAUCACAGUAGCACUUCCAAUACUGCGCCAUUUCAAAGAUCCAAUAUGGCCAGUCAAUACUUCCAGCUUUUACCGGGCCGUGAAGGACUCCUUUAUGACUCAACAUACUAAAUGCGAUCAUUAAUUUAAACCCAAUCCCUGACAGUUGUCUGGCAAUGUUUCUAUUGCCAGGCAACAGGCAUCCUCAAAUCUGAAUUUUCAAUGGCGUCAGUUAAUUUAAACAUUUAUUGUAGUUAUGUUCACUAGUUUCGAUACAACCUUUGAGAUGGUUAGCAACCAGAAAAUUCUCGGUAGAUGGUCCUAGUUAUGAGUUUUGAACUUGUUCUUCCAACAUUGGUGUGCCCAUGAGCUUUCAAGUCCAAAAGUUUGGUAAUACGUUACCUUACCAAUCAAGGUUGAAUGCUAAUAAAUACUUUCAUACUGCUUUAGCAAAUGUAUUAAUUGUCUACAAAGUUUUCUCAUGAUUUGGGGCAGUUUGAUAAUAUUUUGUAUGUAUAAAAAUAAAAAACACUGUAUGGUCUUUUGUUAGAUCGAAUGGUGCUGAAAAUGUGACUGGAUGUAACAUGACACAUGUCUGUACUUUUAUUAUCCUUAACAUUUUAUUUUCUUAUAUACACUUUUCAGAUACUGGCCUUUCUCAAAGUGCUGAUUGAUUUUACAUUUUCAUCAGAUCUAGUGGGAAAAAGGAUGAAAAAUCACAGAAGGCAUCAAUGAAGCCUGACUGUUGUUAAAUCAGUGUCGGUGUUUCUGUGGAGAAAAAGACUUCACUGAUAACUGCUGAAGUUUAUAACGAUCAUAUACUCGAAACAUGUUUACUAUUUUACUCAAACAACUAAAGAAAAGAUUUUUUUUUUAUCCCUGCCUUCUUGUGAGGACAAAACAGGAAAUCUGUUUAAGUUCGCGUAUUGAUCUAAAUCACAUAAAAGCACCUAUUGAGAUGGUAUAUUAUUAUUAUUAGUAGUAGCAUUAGUAUUGGAUGAGUUAAAGGACUAUUCAGUGUUUACACCCCUCUGAGUUUUCAAGCUUGCGUGUGUCUUUUGUAUUCUUAUAUUUGUUUUAUUUUUAUAUAUUUCUUUGUAUUCUCUGAGUCUGUCCUCAUGAAGCUCAUCUCAGCCUUACUGUGCAUGCUCUGUCCUUUUACAAUGUUCAAACCGACAGAGGGGGGCGACAGCGGCCAUUCUGGACUUUUAACACAACCAGACUAUAUUGUUGUCUGUGUGUGUGCGCACGUGUGUGUCUGUGUGCACAUGUACUUAUGCUGUAACAGAGGCCAGCUGGAUAUAUAACCACACAUAUAUAAGACAUACAGUAUAUAUAUACUAUAAAAAGUCUGUAAAGUAUAAACAUGUAAAGGCUGUGUGUGUUCAGCCUGUAGAGAAAUGUGUUGAAAGGUGAAUGUAGGGAAGUGUACAAAAUAAUUUUCAUGUAUAUAACAGCACAGAUCAUUUAAGGUGUGUGUGAUUUAUCCCUCUGCGUGGUCUGUCAGGGUCUGUAGGCUAACCUGACACAGUGAUACUUACCUGUGCAGGUUAGUUGAUGCUGUUGGUAAGUGCACUCAUUCUGAAUGUAACGUUAACUCUCAAUGUGUCCGAAGACAAAAACAUGUUUCUGUAGAGCAGCAGCGGUAAAGUUUAUUUGCCAGCUUUUUUUCUGUGAAGUUCUGUUAGAGCAAUGCUCCUGUAGCAGAAAAACAUGUUUGUUACUGUGUUUACAUCAAUAAAGGCUGGAAGAGACACUACACUCUGACUGGGC